AUGUUCUUCCGCAUACACAUGCAACAAGUGAUUCCGCUUCGCCGAUUGCCUCGAGCGGACAAGUCGUCCAAAUUCAGACAAGGCACUUUGGAAGCUCGCAUCAAUGAUGGGCCGAGAAGCGACACUAUAUCCCAAUCAACAGCUUUGCCACCUACCAAGGCACUGAGAAGGAGGAGAGCCAAGCUCGCGGCCUCGAAGUAUGCUGUCCACGAUGUAACCGCAACGCUUAGGCAGGAUGCAGCGCGCACUACUCCGUACCGAAGUAGGGACUCGAUGUCUACAGAAGCGCGGGCCAGAGGCGUUCUCUUCGAUGCUGGAUACCACCUCCGGGAAUUCCCCCUGACCGAUGUUCAAAAAGAGUCCAAAGUUGCCUUGAUCGUCGAAUCAACGCGAAGAGCCUCGUCGCAUACGUGGUCCAAGAGCACCAUGUCUUGGUGGUUGCCGCAUCACUCCGAGUCUAUCAAGGCCAUCCCUGGACAUGACGCCCAGAUGGACCAUCUCCUCGCCGGCAUGCAACGCUGGGCCACGACUACUUAUGCAGUAUUGAUGCAUCACCGAGAGCAAGUUUGGAAUCAACGGCUUGAAGUCGAGCCUGCAUUGCGUCGCAUCCCGAGCAUUAGGUGUGCAGUAUCACCACGGUCGCAAAGGGUAGUUGCCGUGAUGCCAGGCUGGGAUGCGUUUGUGGCACCGCAUAUCGCCAAGAACGGACGAAGACUGUUGGCCGAACACUUGUCUUUCGGUUGCAAAUGUCGUGGAGUAUUCUCCUCUCACCGGCACGCCCUUCUAAUCAUGGAACGAAUCCCAGCCUACAGCACCGGCUUCGAACUGAAUAUUCCGAAUACGAGUGACCAGGCUGUCGAAAUCGUGGUGCGGGAAGACCUGGUCGGAUUUUUGAGAGAAUUAGGGAUGCAUCUCCAUGAGGAUCUGAAACGCCCACCAGGACUGUACGGUUACAUUUGUGAUCUUUACCACCGAGGCUCAGCAGCUAGCGCUGAAAUCACUGCAUACUUUGUACAGGUUGCAGCCUUUACCAAUACACUGGAUUCUGAUCUCGACGCACGAAAUCGAAGUUGGGCCCAAUUGAGCAGUCACUCCGGCUUUGGACGCUGGAGGAACGGAGUCGUCUCCAGAAUCCCGCUGCCGAUCACGAUCGUCAAGGAGCAAGUCGACUGGUGCAGAAAGAUGUGCGAUGCAGCUUCUUCAGCAGGUGAUCAAGGAACGAACAUGAUAGCGGCAUCAAAUAAGGUGUUCAUCUCCUGGAUAUCUUACCUGCAGGCAGUAGCGACACAUGGCGCAUUUGAAAUACCUCGAGGGUUGACGCGUCGGCAGCUUACACAGACCGAGGCGAAGCAAGAUCGGGGAUCGGCCGCGAUGGAGUCAAUAUCCACUCAACGUAUCCAUAAGCCGACGGAUCGCCGUGGGGCCCUGAACAAUAGUCCGCAUGCUGAAGCUCUUUUCCCUCAGCUUUUCCCUGCCUUUUCGCAACCACAGGUCGAGCAUGAAUCCUGCAAAAUCGGCUUCGUGUCCACCAAGGAACCCCAUGACUCCAGACGAGCGCAUGGGUCAGUUGUUCGCUGCUGCGGCACCGCGCUGAAAGCCAGGCUGACGAGAGCUUUCACGCGCGGGCGAGAUUACCAUAUUCUGCUGUCUCCCAGCGAGAACGAGGGAGGAUGCAAAGAAACUUCCGCGCUCGGGCAGAAUAUGCUGAAGAAUAAGGGCAACAAGUUUCUCUUCAACGAGAUGAUCAGAUGGCUGCGAAAUUGGCUUCUUGAUGCUAAACUCACCUUCCCAGCCCCCGUCAUCCUCGGCGGAGAGGAAAGGGAUUCCAAGGAAGCAUUUGUCGAAGCAUCCAAGGCAACACCAGGAAGAUGUGGCCAGCAGGCUGCGGCACAGGUCCGAUUCGGGCCUAGGACAGGACGGCUUCCAGGAUGGUGGAGAAGCUCAAGAUUACAAUUGUCGCGAGUCGUACCCUGCUGCGACGAAUGGGAAGGGAAGCCAGUGCCCGAUCGCCUCGAGGGCCGCAGCAUGACGACAAGGCUACCCCAUGUCCAUCUCAAACUCUCUUUCCACGAUCAUUCUAGAACGCGACGUUUCAUACGGGCUGAACUAAGAGGCCCCCUUCGUGUCCUUCAAUUUGUCGAGGAGUUUCACCCAGCCCUCCUGACCGGGUGGGCGAAGUGCAUCCUCGCGUUUGAGAUCAUCUACUUCACCUCAGUCGCGCUGCCCAAGAUGGGAAUCGUCUGCCUGUACCUGCGCGUCUUCAACUGGAAGGGGGCUAUGCGAACCACGGCCUACGUGCUGCUGGUGACUCUGGCCGCGACGAGCUUCUCCUUCAUCAUCACUGCUUGCUUCCAGUGCCAGCCCAUUGAAUUCUGGUGGGACCGGACGAUUCCAGGCGGAAAGUGUGUCGACGUUCAGGCCUUCUUCCAUGCACAGAGCAUUCCGGGCUUCGUGCUGGACUUUUUCAUCAUGACUUUACCGCUCAAGACUAUUUGGGACCUGAAGCUGCCGACGCACAAGCGCGUUGCACUCAUCGGCAUCUUCAUGAUCGGCAGUUUCGGCAUUGUUGCCAGUAUCAUCAGGGCCGUCAUAUUCUUUAGCAACUCUGCCUUUUCGGACCGUACAUGGGCAUCCGUCGGUCUCGUCGGCUGGAGUAUCAUCGAAACAGGAACCUACAUCAUCGCCGCAUGCCUCCCCCACCUGCGACCAAUGAUCUCACACUACACACCGCCAUGGCUCAAGUCCAUGGUCCGCAAGACGAUAUCACAAGCCAGCAACUCCAUGUCCAAAGUGACCAACUCAAAGAACCACACACAACCGCGACGCGGCGAUGACGAGGUGGAGCUCACCGCACGAUCGAAGAAGCAGACGGUAGACACGGAAAGUGAUAUGGGCGGGGACGAGGAGCGUGGAUACGCCGGAGGGAUACGAUCGCCAGCAUCAGGCAUGACUGUCGAGGUGCGAAAGUCGGAUGAUUUGGUCGGCGGAGAAUGGGCCAGGCAGGGCCAGAUCCGAGUGACGACGGAAGUCAAGAUGGAGAGAGUGCGAACGUCGGCCUUCCUGAAGGGCCCAGACUCAUGA